CGUGUUAACUUAUAUAGGUAUGUGUGUAUUUACCUACUUGCACGUGAAUUUUAUUUUUAAUGUGGUUUCUCAGUCAUAAUGCACGAAAACACGUCGAUACUGUUUUGUACUUGACGCCGAGAGUUGUAAUGCGUUUGUUUAGUUUUUCGCGGAAUAAAAUUGUUCGUAUUUUUGUAAAUUUUUCCCUCGUUGAAACAUUGCUCAUGUUUAUAGUUAUUAGAAGUUGAAAGCAUUCAUACAGUGUGAAUUGUGCGUGAUAAGUUACAUCUUCUCCUAAUUCAGGACGAUAUGAAUUUUGAAAAUGUGAGUGAUUCGAGUCUUUUUUUUGAAGUAUUGAUGGUUCCUUAUCCUUGGUUUUCAUUCGUACUUAUUUAAAAGUUUGACUUUGGUGUUUAGUAACUAAGUGCUCAUGGUAGAGCGAACCUAUGUACCUGUUUAAUUAGAUUAGGUGAAUAAUGAUGUUUUGUUGCGGAUGCACAUUACGAUUCACUACUAAAUUUUUACUAUGGACUGAAUUGGUUUUCGACAGCACAUGGCUCUCAUAUUCAACAGCUGCGUUUGUUUUUUACAUUCGAAAUAUAGACGACAAUUAUUUUGAAUUUUAUUACGGUUAUUACAUGCUAUGGAGUAUAACUGGAAUAAUAACGACAGUACUUGGACUAUCAGCCAUAAAAAAGAGAAUACCUGCAUUGUUGAACGGAUUCUUGGGUUAUUUGUAUUACUACGUGUUGUUUGAAAGCUGCUGUUUGGUGAUGUUGAUAAGUAAACCUUCACUUUACAACGAUAUCUUCAAUCAUAGAAUACGAAAAGUUAAUUUCGUCUUGAAUUACGAUACAUCGCAGACCAAAGGUGUGAUAUUGAACGUGGCGUGGUAUUUGUUCAUAAUUGUCAAUUUAAUUUAUUUUGUGCUCGUUGUGAAGAGAUAUCGAGACGUAAUGCUGGAAGAUAAACCGUACCAUGAUGUUGAACUACAGAGAUUAGCAACUAUUGAUUCUGUUACCAGAUUAUUUCAUUCAAAUUCAGGGGAGGCGUUCGUGAGAAGAAAUACGAAGUGAGAAAUACGCAAUACUCUUAAGCAUUUCAUUUAAGUCAAUGUAAAAAAUUAAAAAUUAAAAAAAAAAUAAAAAAAUAUUCGUAUCAA